UGUGUUCUAGGCUUCGUUUGAGCCGUACCUCCAGACCCUCAGCCAGAACAUCACGAUCGCUUAGGUUGGUGGUGUAGAUGUACAAAGGGGGGUGGCUUGAGGGAGCUAUAUCCAAGUGCCUAGGAUAUAUUCUCGCCUAGUUGAUAAGUAUGUGUACAUAGCAAUUCAUGAAUCAAGUCGAGCAACUCUUCAUCCCAAGAACAGUACGCGCAAUCUACACCCGAUGAUAUAGCUCGUCCCGGAUGGUGGUGAUUUAGCGCCAAUCACGCCAUCCCUUGCAUUUCGCUUGCACGACAGAUCGGCAUCGAGCAUCAACAGGAAUCGCAUUGUCCAAUGGAUGAGUUAAAUGAUAGUAUCUCAAGUGGGGUGGUGGUGUCUUUCAAGGAAUACUCAAAUAAAGAGCAGACCUUCGCUGUCCCGCUACAAUGUAAAUAAACCACAAUAAUACUACAACCAUGAAAGGACUCUCACUUCUCGCCUUCGCCGCUCUGGCGCAGGCGACCACCGACUCCUUUGCAGUAAUUGGCAAACCAGAUAGCCAGAAUGUCCUACAGGACCAUCAUGUAGCUACCCACUCUUCCAGCAGCCGUCCCAACAUCGUCUUCAUCCUCGUCGAUGACCAGGACCUGCAAAUGGACUCCCUCCACUAUACUCCACGCAUCAAUCACUACCUCGCUAGCCAGGGCGCCUUCUAUCGCAACCACUUCGUCACCACCGCCCUGUGCUGUCCUUCACGAGUAAGUCUCUGGACCGGCAAGCAAGCGCACAACACCAACGUGACCGAAAUCUAUCCCCCAUACGGAGGAUACCCCAAAUUCGUCGUCGAAGGCCACAACGAGAACUGGCUCCCCCUCUGGCUCCAAGCAGCCGGCUACUCCACCUACUACACAGGGAAACUCUUCAACGCCCACACCGUGGACAACUACAACGCCCCUUUCGUGACGGGCUUCAACGCCUCCGACUUCCUCCUCGACCCGUACACAUACCAGUACCUUCGUCCUCACUACCAACGGAACCAGGACCCUCCAACUAGCUACGAGGGCCAACAUACCGUUGAGGUAAUCACUAAAAAGGCCCUCGGGUUCCUCGACGAUGCUAUCGCCGGCGACGAGCCAUUCUUCCUCACCGUCGCCCCAGUGGCGCCGCACUCCAACCUGAACAUGACGGACGAGAAUGACACCACGACAUUCCGCUUCUCUCCUCCUAUUCCACUAGAAAAACAUAAACAUCUGUUUCAGGAUGCGAAGAUCCCCCGAACCCCCAACUUCAACCCUGACCAUCCUAGUGGAGUCAGCUGGGUGCGGUCCCUCCCGCAACAAGAUGCUGAGAGCGUUGCCUACAAUGAUGAGUUCUAUCGUGAUAGACUCCGUUCGUUGCAGGGUGUGGAUGAACUCGUCGAGAAGAUAGUCCUUCGAUUGGAUGAUGCGGGUAUCCUCGAUAAUACGUAUAUUUUCUAUACCUCGGAUAACGGGUACCACAUCGGUCAGCAUCGGUUACAUCCUGGUAAGGAGUGUGGAUUCGAUGAGGAUAUUCGGGUUCCGAUGUUUGUUAGAGGACCGGGAGUGCCGAGGGGCGUGGAGGUGAGUGCGGUGACGACGCAUAUCGAUUUGGCGCCGACGAUCUUGGAUAUUGUGGGUGGUGAAGCAGAGGGGGAGCUGGAUGGGGUGGCUAUUCCGUUGACAACAAAGGAGAUUCAUGCUGCGGAUAUGGAUGGAGGCAGACAUGAACAUGUUAAUGUCGAGUAUUGGGGGUGGGCUGGUUUUGAGGGUGCGUUUGGACGGGAUGAGAACGGUGGACCUGCUACCUUUAUCAAUAACACCUACAAGGCUCUGAGACUAAUUAGCCCCGACUUUAACCUCUACUAUUCUGUCUGGUGUAGUGGCGAGCAUGAACUCUACGAUUUGACUACGGACCCCUACCAACUGAAAAACCUCUACCCAAACCUAGCAGCAUCCAAAAUAGGAUCCUACUCCGCCGUCAAAAUCUCCACCCGUCUUGACGCCCUCCUUAUGGUACUCAAAUCGUGCAAAGGAGAUACCUGCAUCCAGCCGUGGCGGACGCUGCAUCCUUACGGCGAUGUGCAUAGCUUGCUCGAUGCGUUGGACGACACGUUCGAUGCGUUCUAUGUCCGUCAGGUACGGGUGCAGUUUGGCUGGUGCGAGCAUGGAUAUUUGCUCGAGGCCGAAGGGCCGCAAGUACCGCUGGCGUAUCGGCAUACGAGGUGGAGUGAUUGGGUUUGAUGCUCUGACUACUCGGAUAAUCUUAAGAAGCAAAGUCAACGACAACAGCGGGGUCUGGAAAAGUACAAAAGUGAAAUAAAGGGCGGUUCGUAGAUAUCAAAUCCCAGAUACCUGAGAGUGAUAUCAUAGAAGAUCAUAU